AUGGAUUCCCAGACUGACGCGCAGGCCAGGACCCUGAGGGGCUUCUUGACCUCCAUCAAGGGCAUAGUGAAGAUAAUACGGCUGAUUUUGAUUGUAAUAGCCUUGAUCUUAUAUAUUGUUGCUCAAGCCCCUGAAACAUACAUAGUGAUCACAGCUUUGGAGUCCAUCAGUGUGGGUUUUUUCCUAAUAUUGUAUAUACUAAGACUUGACCUAGUGCUGAAAUGUUUGUUUUGGCCUUUACUCGAUAUUAUAAAUUCACUUAUGACCAUAGUGUUCCUUAUGAUCGUGUCUGUGUUGGCAAUGGUACCAGAAACUAAAGUAGUGAUUGCUAUUGGAGGGAUCCUUGGCAUUGUGGCAACUGUGUUUACCAUUGCAGAUGCUGCCCUCAUUUACAGAAAACUCAUGUUCAAUCCAAGUGGUCCCUAUGAGAAAAAGCACACUCAUGAAAAACGGCGACGCUCUCGACACUCUCACCACUCUCACCAUUCUCACCACUCUCACCAUAGUUAUCACCCUCAUCAUACUCAGGAAGGAAAUGAAGAGCUAUAA